AUGCGGGUACCAACCGGUGACCAGCCGAAGGACAUCUCUAAGAGAAUCCAGGAUCUGGUCAAGAAGUACGUGGCUAGCAGCAACACCCUGAUCCUUGCCGUGUCCGCGGCAAACGUCGACUUGGCCACCUCGGAUGCGCUUGCUUUGGCCCGAGAGGUGGAUCCUCAGGGGCAGCGCACAGUCGGGGUGCUCACGAAACUGGACCUGGCAGAGGAACAGAGCACAGCCUUCGAAGCACUGGCGGGAGAAGUCUACCCGCUUCGCCUGGGCUACACAGCAGUGGUUUGCAGGAACGACAAGUCAAGCCAGGCUGGGAUGACCUUCGAGGAUGCACUGAAGGAGGAACACGAUUUCUUCACGCGACAGCAGCGAUUCCAGCCACUGCUGUCCCAGUGCGGCAUUCCCAACCUCGCACAGCGACUGCAAUUCCUGCUCUUGAACCACAUCAGAGAGGCUUUACCUUCCCUGCGCACAAACGUGCAGCAAGUGGCUGGGAAGUGUCGCGAGGAGCUCGCGACUCUCGGCGACGAGAACCUGGAGAAGCAAAUGGGGCAAGGCCCACUCUUGCUACAUUUGAUCUCCUGCUACGUGCGGCAUUUCGGUGACUUGCUUGAGGGCCGCAUCGAGCAUCGUUUACAGGAACCUCCACCAGCGAAGCUGGUGGGCGGCGCUCGGAUCCAUCACAUCUUCCAUCGAGUGUUCGCCCAGGAGAUUCUCCAGUUUGAUGCCUUCACAGGGCUGUCUGACAUGGACAUCCGCGUUGCAAUGAGAAACGCUGCUGGCCCCAAGCCGCAGCUCUUCGUGCCAGAGAUCGCCUUCGAACGGAUGGUGAAGCGCCAGAUUCAAAAGCUGGAAGAUCCGGCCCUUCAGUGUGUCGCCUUGGUCUUCGAGGAGCUGAAGCAGCUGGCCUCACAAAGUGGCCUUGGCUGUGGACAGGCGCUGCUGCAAGGUGAAGUUGGCGACUUGCAACGGUUUCCAGGACUGCGGGAGAAGGUUCUCGAGGUCGCGCACGGCGUCAUUCGACGGUCCCUACAGCCGACACACAACAUGGUCUCCAACUUGAUCCGCAUCGAAAGAGAGUUCAUCAAUGUGGAUCACCCGGACUUCAUCGGGGGCUUACGGGCCAUGUCCUGCGUCCAAGAAACCCGGCCGGAAACGCCUCCGUCAGCCGAGGCCAUGGGAAGCCGUCAGCCCUCACAAAAGGAGGAUGUAAUACGGCUGCCGCCCGUGCCGCUGGUCGUCACCCCUGCCGGGGAGCCUUCGGAGAAGGAACGCAUGGACACGGAGCUUCUGAAGUCGUUGCUGCUGUCUUAUUUCACAAUAGUGAAAAGAAAGAUCAUCGACUCCGUCCCCAAGGCCAUCAUGCAUUUCAUGGUCAAUUCGGUACAGGAGACCCUGCAUGCGGAGUGCAUCUCCGAGUUGUACAAGCCCGACCUCAUCCCCCAUCUCCUGCAGGAGCCUGAGGACCCGGACCAGAGAGUUGGGUUCUGA